GACCCAUGCAGUAUCGUGGUCAGUGAACACCAGUUUCGCUACGAGCUGGUGCAACGCGAGUAUAAGAACUGGGUAUUCCCACUUCGCGUCUGGAUAAAUGCCACUCGCGUCUAAUACUCUGAACUGAUCAGUCACUGCGUUCAUUUUGCAGGGCACGGGUUUCCCUAUUCGUGUUUGCUCGCUAUAUCCUACAUUCCUUUACCAUGUUAGCCAAGAAGCUCCUUUUCCAGCUUCAAUUGCUUUUCUCCUUUGCUAUUGCCCUCAAUAUCCCUAGGACCAAAUGGACACCGGCUACAUCUGUGCAAACUCACAAGCUAGCAGACAAGGGACGGACAAAUCUUGCGGCAUACAUCAAGAGGCAUGGUUACCCUAAUCCGAAGUGCACUGCGCAAAAUGUUGUAGUCCGCAAGGAAUGGACCACUCUUUCUGUUGCGGAGAGGAAGUCAUACAUCAGUGCAUUGAAAUGCCUCAAGAAAAAACCUCCGAAAACCCCAGAAAGCUUUGGGUAUCCUGGAGUUCGAUCACGGCAUGAUGACUUCGUGGCUAUACACAUGAAUCAAAGCUUUACAAUUCACUCAACGGCAAAUUUCAUGGUUUGGCAUCGAUAUUACGUCUGGGCUAUGGAGAAGGCUCUUAGAGAUGAGUGCGGAUACACCGGGUAUCAGCCAUAUUGGAACUGGGCCAUCACGGCGCUUGAUCCCAUAAAUUCACCUAUGUUCGAUGGCAGCGACUCCAGCGUCGGCGGUAAUGGUGACUUCUUCAACUAUACCGGGUUUUGCAUCAAUGAUCCAAUAACAGGCAUAUGCCAGAUCAAUAUUGCUCAGGGUGUCGGAGGUGGAUGCGUUACGAAAGGCCCGUUCAAAGACUGGACCCCAACUCUCGGCCCAGUUUUUCCAGCUGUUACCUACCUGAACCAGACGAACCCAGAUCCAGCUGGGCUUGGGCGGUACUACAACCCCCGUUGCUUGCGUCGGGACAUCUCCACCUAUAUCUCGAGCAAAUGGCUUAAGGACAGUGAUAUCGCAUAUCUGAUCACAAACAACACCAAGAUUGCAGACUUCUGGUAUUACCUACAGGGAGAUUUCCCAGCUGGAUACAUGGGUGUUCAUGGAGCGGGCCAUUUCACCGUUGGAGGCGAUCCUGGUAGCGACUUUUUCACGUCGCCUGGCGACCCUGCCUUCUUCCUUCACCAUGCUAUGAUUGACUACACCUGGUGGGUGUGGCAAAACCAGGAUCCAGCAAAUCGAACAUAUGCACUCUACGGACCUACGGUUCUGAAUGACUUCACUACUCCCAACGGCACGCUCGACGAUCCUAUCAACCUGGGCGUUAAUGCGCCAACUAUCAAAAACCGGGACGGUAUGAGCACGAUCGCCGGGCCAUUUUGCUAUACGUAUGCGUAGGUUAAUGGAGGAAAUCGUAGGUAAUAAAAUACAAAGAAUUUAAUAUGCUCGGUAGUACAGAGUUUUCGCUUCUGCAAAUGGUUGGAAUAUUGUUUGAC